AUGGCAGGUGGGACGAAGAAAAAGAAAAAGCCCACAAACCCCGCAAGAGGCUUUGCCACGACAUCGGUAGCAUCCAAACCAAAGGCAGAGUCUGAAGCUCCCAGUACAACAACAUCAGGCGUGGCGUCGCCCAGCGAGAAAACAUCUGUCGAAACUCAGGUCAUCGAGACCGCGAGUCCAGCAGUCGUUUCAACAGAACGGGAACUGCACGAGCUCAGCCCGGAAGAACUUGAAGCUCAGCUCGAGGCAUCGGAACUACAGCAGUUCGUCGAGAAAUAUGGAGCCAAAGUCAAGAAGGAAGUGUCGCGCCAGGUUGUUCGUCUGCAGACUGACAAGCGCUUACUGCGCGGUCAGUCGGAAUAUCUCUCAGUGCGGGACUGGCUGCCUGAUGAGUUGAUGCAGCAGAUCUUGGAUCUCACUCUCGCAGAUCUGAAGAACGAUGUCAACUCGCAAAAGAAACCAGCAUCUCCGACUGGAGAUGACUUGGUCGCAAAGGUAUGGCAGUUACGGCAAUGUCUCCUUGAUCUUGCGUUUCCGUUAGAACGAGUGAAUGAUGUUGUCGGCUGGGUCAUAUCGUCUCCACCAUCACAGAGUACGGUUGGCUCACUGUGGGGUCUCGAAGAAUGUCUGGAAUGGCUGGCACUUCAUUGCGAUGUUGGCGAGUUGGACGACUACGACUUUGAGCGGCAGAGAGUCAACAUGGAUGACGGAGAUGAGCCAGAGGAAGCUGUCGAGCUGGAAACGAAGGAUUGGAAGGCUGCCAAAACCAUGGACACAUCCCUCCCAGAGACAAUCGACGGCAAAGACAGUGGUCUCAAUGAAGAGAAGUCAGUUGAAGUCAGCGAUGUUGAGAGUGACAUGGAGCCCGAUGAGCUUCUUUCGGUCUAUCUACGUACCAAGGCGAGGUUGUACGAGCUGAACCCAGACGUUGAUGCCAGUACUGUCGGCAAGAAGAAAUCCUCGAAACAAUCGAAGGCGCCGGCGAACAGGUCUUCCGGUGAACGCAAAUUGGAACAAAAGCUGCAGAAGAUCGAGAAUGACGUGCUGUUCGAUCAACGCGAAGCGGACGCCCAUUGGGCCGCACACAAAAUCAGCCUCGUGCGUGAUACUGCAGAACGAAGGCGUUUACAGCUCCACGACAAUCAUGACCCAACUCCUGCACGUUCAUCAGUAACCUCGACACCGCCGUCUGGAGUCAGUGACGAGGCAGAAAGAAUGGGCCAAGAGCUCCUGGCGGCAACGAACGCAGCUGAAGACGACGACCUCCUCAGUGGCAUGUUCGAUGCGCUACCUGGUGUGAGCGACUCUGCUGCUGGAGGAAGUUCUGCUCGGGACGCAAAAUGCAAGCAAGCUUACAGAAUGAUCUCGCCUACCACGUAUGCCAGCAGGCAUUCUGUGACCAUACAGUGGACCAAGCAGCAAGAGUCUUUCGAGCACGUCUUCUUGCCAUCCGUCACAGUCCAGUAUAGGCCGCUGAAAACCGUUAUUACCAUGGUCCAGACCGCAACGCCCGAUACUGCUCAGAGCGAAGCUUUUGUCGCCACCGCAGCACUGUUUCUGAUAUUCUCCGGAUCUCCCAAGGAAGAGAAAGUCCAUCUUCGACUUUCCGCAGCUUUUCGGGACCUCUGGGAUGAGUUCACGCGAGCCAAGGCAGAACACGCUCAGGCAGAAGAAUGCGCGACUGUGAAAGAGGUGCGCGCAUUGGUUGAUCGACAUUCCAGCACUGACGAUGAAGACGAUGACGAGGUUGUCUUCAAUGUGAACACUCGUCGUCGACUUGAUGGGACGAGUGGAAGCUCAACGCCGGUGAAGUCGGGAACGCGCAGAAUGCAACAACCAGAGGUCAUCGAGGAGCUCCAGCAGAUGUGGGCUCGAAAGACUUCCACUCCAGCAUACCAACGUAUGCUGGUCGGUCGCAAGAACCUCCCCAUGUAUCAUUUCCGGAACGCCGCACUGGACACGAUACAGCGCCAUCAGGUCACUAUCCUAUGUGGUGAGACUGGCUGUGGAAAGUCCACUCAGUUGCCCGCUUUCAUUCUCGAGAACGAACUAGCAAACGGUCGGCCUUGCAAGAUCUACUGCACCGAGCCGCGAAGAAUCUCGGCGAUCUCUCUGGCACAGCGAGUGAGCGAGGAGAUGGGGGAGAACAAAGGCGAUGUUGGCACCUUUCGCUCUCUCGUUGGUUAUGCCAUUCGCUUAGAGUCGCAGACCACGGCCCAGACACGACUUGUGUAUGCUACUGUUGGAAUCGUUCUACGCAUGUUGGAAAACUCCAAUGGGCUUAACGAUAUCACUCACUUGAUACUCGACGAGGUCCAUGAAAGAAGCAUCGAUACAGACUUCCUCUUGAUUGUGCUGCGCUCACUCAUGUUGAAGCGACCGGAUCUCAAAGUCGUGCUCAUGAGUGCUACUGUCAAUGCACAGCGAUUCUCCGAAUACCUGGAUGGAGCGCCAAUCAUCGAUGUCCCUGGCCGGACUUUCCCAGUCGAGGCCAAGUUUCUCGAGGACGCCAUCGAAUUGACAGGGCAUACAAACGAGGACGCUACCACCGCAGCCGUCGACGAAGACAACAACGAGGAGGACGCACAAGAGAAGGGAACAAGCGAUCAACAGCUGAACGGAUACAGCAAGAAAACUCGAAAUACUCUCGCCACUUACGAUGAAUAUCGCAUCGACUACAGCUUGAUCGUCAAGCUCAUUGAGAAGAUUGGACACCACGCUCAAUAUCAAGAUUAUAGCAAGGCAAUCUUGGUCUUUCUGCCAGGUAUAGCAGAGAUUCGUCAGGUCAACGACAUGCUAUGCGGACAUCCACGAUUCGCAAAAGGCUGGAGAGUGUUCCCACUGCACUCCACAUUCUCGAGCGAAGAUCAGCAAGCCGCUUUCGAGAUUCCACCGCCGGGCAUUCGCAAAAUCGUUCUAGCUACCAAUAUCGCCGAGACGGGUAUCACGAUUCCAGACGUCACAUGUGUGAUCGACACCGGCAAGCACAAGGAGAUGCGCUUUGAUGAGCGUCGACAGAUGUCUCGAUUGAUUCAGAGCUUUAUUGCGCGCGCGAAUGCUAAGCAACGGCGAGGGAGAGCGGGGAGGGUGCAGCAAGGCCUUUGCUUCCAUCUCUUCACCAAGUAUCGCCACGACCAUAUCAUGGUUGAUGCACAAACGCCCGAGAUGCUCCGUUUGUCACUGCAGGACCUUGUGAUGAGGGUGAAAAUCUGCAAGCUUGGCGAUAUCGAGCAUGCUUUGUCGCAGGCAUUGGACCCGCCGUCCAGCCGCAACAUUCGAAGAGCGAUCGAUGCUCUGGUUGAAGUGGGCGCAUUGACAAGUGGCGAAGAUCUCACUCCACUUGGAAACCAACUCGCAAAGCUUCCGUUGGACGCACAGCUUGGAAAGCUGAUCUUGCUUGGAAGCAACUUCGGCUGCCUCGACUUUGCACUCACUGCUGCCGCGACACUUUCGUCAAAGACGCCAUUCCUCAAUCCGAUGCACCAAAAGAAGCAAGCAGACACUGUCCGCUUGGGCUUCAAGCGUGGCGACUCCGACCUCUUGACCGCCUACAACGCUUAUACCACUUGGCGCAAAAUCUGCAUCACACCACACAUGUCGGAGUUUUCAUUCUGCAACAAGAACUUUCUUUCAUCACAGAAUCUGGGCAAUAUCGAAGAUCUCAAAGCGCAGCUCCUCAGCUCGCUCAUCGAUGCAGGUUUCGUACAUCUCGGACCGGACGAGCGCACUGCUCUCAACCGAAUGCGUCACAACACCAGGAAUCGCAACUUCGUGAUGCUUCCGCCACAGUACACGAAGUCCGACGAGAACGAUGUCCUAGCUUCAAGCGUAGUCGCGUGGUCGUUCUACCCGAAGAUCGUCAAGCAAGACGGCAAGGGCUGGAGAAACAUCUCGAACAACCAAUCACUGGGCCUACAUCCGACGAGUGUGAACAAGACGUCUCUCAAUCCCGACAUAAAGUUUCUCUCCUUCUACAGCAUCAUGCAGAGUUCUUCCCGCUUCACCAACGCGCAAGAGACCAGUCCGGUGGCCGAGAUCCCGCUGUUGAUGAUGUGCGGCGAGGCAGUGUUUCACAUGUAUGCGGGCGUGGUGGUGGUUGAUGGCAAUCGACUGCGCUUGAAAGUCCGGGACUGGAGGACCAUGGUCGUGCUGAAGGUCUUGCGAGCGAAGAGCAAGGAAGUCAUGGCGAAGCUAUUCCGCAAUCCGGGUCGGGAGUUGGGAGAUCGCCCGCGGAGGUGGUUGGAGAUUCUGGAGAAGAUCUUCGAGAAGCAGGGUGUGAAGGCUGCUGCAACAAGAACUUGA